AUGGAUCCAACGCCCAAAAGAAGAGGUCGUCCUAGAAAAAGCAACGUUCUUCCUAAUACUGAAACAAUCAAACCUAAUGUUGAAAAAACUAAAAAAACUAAACCUAAUGAUGAACCAAGUGUACCAAAAAUUGAAAAUUUACUAGCAAUGAAUGCCAUGGUUGUUCAACAAAGAAAAGCAGCUAAAGUUAAAAAGAAAUACAAAGAAGCCAGUAGUGAAGAGGAAUAUGUGGAUGAACAAGUUGACGAAGAAUCAGAUCAAUAUGAAGAAGAAGAAGAAGAAGAUGAAAAUGUUGCACGUCCAAAUCGUCGAUCUUCAGCUGCUAAACGUAAAUCAUUAGCAAUUCAAUCAAAAGACCAAACAGAAAGCUGGGGAAAUUAUAGAAAUACAAUAGACAAUGGACCUGUUCCACAACAUCCAUUGACGUUGAAUGAAACAACCUUUGACGUUGCACUAAAAUUACAACGCCGCAAUCAAGAUCGACAACUAGCCAUUGAUUAUCUUGAUAAUGAAAAUGAAAUUGAACUUAUCAAAGAUUCAAAAAUGACAGAACAAGUUUUAACUGAUACAUAUCAUAUUCAACUUUCUCAAAAUAUAGAUGGUGGCUGUGAAAGUCUCCAACCAUUUGAAUCUAUUGCACAUAAGAAUAAUGUAUUUACACUGAAUACUGGUAUUGGUCCCAUUCAAUCUCUAGAUUGGCUUUCGAUGCCUACUGCAAAAUGUCCGUUAACACAUCAAUAUUUAGCUGUCGGUUGUUCACGUUCAUCAUUAAUAUCAAAACAUAUUUACGAUGAAAUCUAUUCAUAUAAAAAUUAUAUUCAAAUAUGGAUGUUUGAUUUAUCAAAUGUAAAAACAAAUUUAACACCAAAAAAUCAUCAGUUGAUUUGCUUGAUCGCAAUAAAUGAUUCCGGUGCUAUAUGGGGCUUAAAAUGGUCUCCCUCGUGUUCAUCACCAUCAGCUUACUUAGCUGCUGGUACCAGUUCGGGUUCAAUUUAUCUGUAUAAAAUAUUUUCUGAACAAUAUCUAUCAUCAACUGAAUCGACAAAUAAAAUUUUAUCGUUUUAUCAAGCAAAAAAAACAAUUCGAUUAUCACUGAAUGAACCAAAUAAUCUUACACAAUGUUUAGCAAUCGAUUGGUCUCAACAUGAUCCACACCGUCUUGCUGCUUGUUAUAGUAACGGUUUUAUAGCUCUGUUUCAUGUUAAUACGGAAGCGAAACAUCUUAUUGAAAUUAAACCAAAUCAAGAAAAAAUUAUUUUUCCUAUUCGAUGUUUUCGAACAUCGUAUACACCAAUUCGUGACAUCAAAUUUUUAAGCGAUUCAUCAAAUCUUGUUUUAACAAUUGCAAACAUCGCAAAACGAUUCACUGUAUGGGAUUUCGAUGAUCAUCAUCAACAUUUAAUCGAUAUUGAAAAUAGUGGUACAGAAUCAGCAAUAAGAACUUUAACUGGUGAUCUUUUAUGCGUAAAAGAAUUUACACCAUCAUAUGCUCGAACAAGUGCUUAUCUUACAUAUGAACCAGAAACAAAUAAUCUUCCAAAACAUAUUUAUUUUCAAUCUACACCCGAUCAUGUUUUAAGUGUUGAUUAUUCUCCGUGGCUUGAUUCUGUUUUACUUUCUGAUUCGAAUGGUCAAGUGUAUUUCUUUCGAGUAACAAACUUUGUAAGAUGGACAAGAAAAAAUGAAUGCUCGUUAAAAUAUCGAUUAAAAUUAUUUAACUUAAAUGCAAUAAUUAAGCCAGAUAAACAAGAAGAAGUAGCUAAACUUAAUCAAGAAGUUGGUGAACCGAUUUUUGAACAAUCGUCAUAUACGGAUUUAGUUGAUAAAUAUUAUCUUGAUGCAAACUUGUGUUGUGACCAAAAAUUUGUUAGUAAACAAGAUGAUUUCAGUAAAGCUGGAAAUCAUUCUUUGAAUGCUUUACAUAAAAUUCGUUUCAAUCCGAAUCUUGGUUCAUAUUGUUGGUAUGCAUUUGGUGGUGAAUCUGGUUUAAUUUUUGUUCUUCCACUUAAACAAUCAUCGUCUAACUAUGCAAUGUCUAUCUAUGAAAAAGAAAACAAAUCGACAUAA